AUGCCGCGAGGGCCGAAAAGGGCGCGUGGGAGCACAGUGAAGAUACUCUGCGCGUGGAAGGGCUGUCGUCGGCGAAACAUAGAUGUCAAGAACAAAUCGCAUGCGCUGGAGAUCGAGCACGUGAACUUGACAGAGACUCGCAAACUGCGUAGCAAUUGUGGCGCUGCACGUUUCUGCUGCGCAGAGCACUUGGCAAAAUGCCAUCUACCGGAGAGGGCUGACAGGGGCGGUCGGGAAGCAUUAACGGCAGAACAAUGCUGCUCGCUCUUCGAAACCUUUGCCAUGGAGGUGCAAGCACCCUGGGCCGGAGUGGCAUUCCUCCUCGGCGUCUUCAUGGGGGAGAGGCAGGCUUGCGUUCUUGGCGCCCGCGACAGUUGGUUCACAGGCAUCGGCACAGACCACCCAUGCAUCAAUGUUCCCAGAAUCAACAAAAAGACCAAAGCCAGAGAAAUCCCGCUAGAUAAAAGUUUUGCGGCCCUUCUGGCCCAGUGGACCAGCCCGGAAUCUGGGCCCGUACGAGGGGGCGGCGGUUCCCAGUGGCCGCAUCCGGAUCAGACAUUGCAGAUGGCCGAUCAGGAGAGGACAGGCGCGCAGAAACGGAAACGUGGCAAUCUCUUGUUUCCCGGGAAGCUUUUGUCAGGAGGAGGACGCAACUACCGCAAGCCAGUCACAGAACGCGGAUGGCACGACAGGUUUCAGGUGGCGCAGUCUUGCAUCGCAAAGCAAAGAACAGCAGCAGAAGCAGAAGGCAGAGGGCACGUCUUCGACGAGAUAUCGCUGGCCAGAGUCUCUUCCCAUUCUAUGAAGAAGUCGACAGUCACGCUCCUCAAGGGCGCUGGAGUGGCCACGCAAGUGAUCUCAUUGAUCACAGGUACUUCUUGCAGAAUGCUUGAGAACACUUACUUCCAGCCGAGUCGAAAGGUCCAGCGAGACGCCGCUGCGGCCGCGUUUUCAAAGAUUACAGACGGUCUCACAUCCUUGCAUUCCAGGGACGUCGCUCCUUCAUCCAGGGACGUCGCUCCUGCGUUGUUCUGCACACAGUGCGGGCGUCCCGCGAAAGCGGCAUGGUGCUAUUGUCGCAGCUGUGGCAGUGAGUUAACUGAUCUGUAG